GUCGGGGUCACCUGACCAGAGAGUCGCAUAGACAUGGCGUCUUCUUUGGUGGCUGGUGAGCGGUUGGUUCGCGCUUUGGGCGCCGGUGGGGAGCUGGAGCCAGAGCAGCUGCCUCGGAAGUUGCGAGUCGAACUUGAAGCCGCGCUGCGGAAGAAGCACAAGAGCGAUGAUAGCCCCGGUGACCCCCGACCCCUGGUUUCCUUCGGUCUGAUCCGGGAUCUGCACCAGCACCUGAGACAAAGGGACUCCACGCUGUAUCUUCAUGAGCUCCUGGAAGGCAGUGAAAUCUAUCUCCCAGAGGUUGUGAAGCCUCCGCGGAACCCAGAAUUAGUUGCCCGGUUGGAGAAGAUUAAGAUACAGCUGGCCAAUGAGGAAUAUAAGCGGAUCACCCGUAAUAUCACCUGCCAGGAUUCAAGGCAUGGUGGGACUCUGAGUGACCUGGGAAAGGAAGUGAGGUCGGUAAAGGCUCUGGUCAUCACCAUCUUCAACUUCAUUGUCACGGUGGUAGCUGCCUUUGUCUGCACCUACCUUGGAAGCCAGUAUAUCUUCACAGAAAUGGCCUCGCGGGUACUUGCUGCAUUGAUCGUCGCUUCUGUGGUGGGCCUGGCCGAGCUGUAUGUCAUGGUACGGGCGAUGGAAGGCGAGUUGGGAGAGCUGUAACUGGUGCUUCAUCUUCAAUGUCUGGAAAAGUUUUGGGGGCCUUCAAGCUCCCAGCUUCCUGUCACUCUCAGUCAGCCCAUCAGGUGCUUUGUUCUAAGCUCCAGUAAGUGAGAGGGCCAGGCCACCUGCUCUUCCUUUUGGGGAGCCCUAUCAUCCAUGAAUUUCCAGAGGUCUGAGAAGUGGAGGGGACUCAAGCAACACAUCUUUAAACUCAGAGGACUGAGCUGUCAGUACCGUCUCCUGAAUCUGGUGCCCUAUCUGCCUUCUCCAGCCCGUUCUGAGCACUCCUGGGGCUGGUUUUUUUCCAUUGGGAGUAAAUGGAAUCUAAACCUUCCCAGAAGUAGACCAUACCGCCUUGAACUUACCCAAGUGCACAGAUCAGUUGUCAUCCUUUGUACACGUGUCCCUGAUGCAGAUCUGAAAUUUAGGUCGGAAGGCCUCCCAAAAGCAGAAAGGGUCUCCUUUCUCCAGUUUGUGCUGAAAGAGGGACUGAUCAGAGGAUGCUGAACAAGAGAAAGAAGGGUUGGUACAGGAUGGUGAAACUGGAAGCAAGGCAGCUACCUUUUCAGAAUUGUAGUUUUGAUCUUCAUCCUUCUCUCUCUGUCUACUUGCCUUUUUCUGAUUUUCUACAUGCUUCUGCCAGUCUCUACCACUCACCAACCCUCCUUCCAAACACACUUUGCUCUGCUUCCAAAAUUGAAAACAAUCCAGGUGGCUAAACAGUAUGUCUGCUUUUAAUUGCAAAAUUCCAUGUGUUUGCAUAUGGGGGGAUUAUAUCUAUUGGAGAUUGUCUCAGUUAAUAAAGAGGACCUGUUCUUUGUAGACAGGGACUAUUUUCAAACUUCAACUAUGUAUAAUAUGAACGUACAUACUGGUAUACAUAAGUCUAAUGCAGUAUAUCUUAUGUGGGUUCUUAAACGUGUUUGGGUAAAUACAAAAAAUUACACGUAAAUGCCCACAGUUGACGCAUUGUGUUACAUGGUUGCCUUUGGUCUUCA